UUCAUACAUUGAUACAAAAUCUUUUACUUCAUUCGUUUUAACACAUAUUUAGCGAUAUAAGAAAAUCAUCGUCAAUUCUUCCCGACAACGGCGAUAACAGAUGAAAUAGCUAUCAACGCAUAUGGUUGACAAUUUCAUCUUCUAUGUUCACGUUAAUAUGCGGAAAAGAAUAUUCCGCGCGUCGAGUAUAUUAUUUGAGAAAGAGGUUACACCAUUCAGUCAGAACUUCUUUAUACCUUCUCUGUACUGUUCGCAUCGUGUACAUUGGCUGUAUGAAACGGCAUGGAUGAAAAGUAUUUAUAUUCCGAUAUAUAUACACAUACGGGAUGGAUGAUGGUAAAAAUAUAUAACUAAAGUACGGUAUUAUUCCUCAUGAGUGUUUAGUUUUGAUUUGACCAGCGACCAAGAUGAACGUACUAUAAAUAAAAACUGUGUCUUUGAACAAAAAUAUAAAAGUUUUCCCGAUAUAUCCACACACAGUUUUGGAAUUGAAAACGUUUACCGGUUUUUGUCGUUUAUUAUUUUUUUUUAUUUAAUUUUUUCUUUCCUACAAAAAUUAUGUGUAUUGAUGAAGUGAAUUCGAGAGAACACUACACAGUUGCCCAUAUAUAGAUGUUUCACCUUACACUCUGCAUAUUUUGAAUUAUUUUUUAUGAGCAUAGAGUGAUGAUGAUACGUAGACGUUUAUUGCUAACAAUCAUAGAAGACCAUCAAACGAAAAGUGUUUUAUAAUAGACGGAAUAAUAGUUGCAAUAUAACUAUUUCGUAAUAUAAUUUUCAAGUGAAGUUGUGAGCUGAAUUGAUUAUUUAUUUGCCUGGAUAAAAAAAAUAAGACGGAACAUUAUUUAAGUUUAAGGCCUCACCUCACCACAGGCAUACACUCGAUGCUAUAUAGUAAUUUCAUUGCCCGAAGAAGAUUGAUGCGUUUUCAACAAAUUGUAAUUCCACUUUUUUAUGGACGUAUGUGAAAAAUAAUUUAUUUUAAGUGCUUUCGACUUGUUGACUUGUGAGUGAAGAUCGGAAUAAUUUCACGUGGAAAAUUCGAUAUUUUUUUGGUAUAGCCGUGUUGCUGUGAAUACUGUUCGAGGAAAUUUAUUAAAAUGGCUUCAGUUUGGAAGGUGUUAAUUAUGGUGAUAGUCUCGGUGAGUCGAAUAGCACAAUCUCAACUAACAGUGGAGCUCGGCGCACGAUGUAACCAUGACAUGGACUGUACAGAUUUUGUGAAAGGAAGCGUUUGCUCAAUGGCUGGAUACUGUGAAUGUGCACCGUAUUUUGUCCGUUUGAACGAAUCGACAUGUUUACAAUCCCAACUACUUGGCAACGACUGUAUUCUACCGGAACAGUGUUCAUUGAGAGUAGCCAACAGUAGCUGUUUAGCUGGUGCAUGCCGAUGUGUCGAAGGAUUUCUACAGUUCCGUAAACACACAUGUCUGCAACCCGCUCGUCCAGGUAUGGUUUGCUACAGUAAUCAACAAUGUCGCAUGUGGAAUGGUCUCAGUCACUGCGACUUUCUGAUACCAAAUCUAUUCGGCCGAUGUCAAUGUUCAGCCCCAGCACGACAGGUGGGAGCCUCAUGCGUUGUGGAAGAUGUAGACUUCGAAAUGGUUGAUGAUGUUGUACCUAUAUUCGAGAAGCCACAUCAACAAGAACCAUUACCAGCUAGCGAUUCGUCUCGAGUUACAGAAAAUGAUUCAGUAAUUGUAGAAAGUGUUACAACUGAAGCUCCGAGUAUUGUCACGGAAGUGCAUAGUGCAACUGAAACCAUCCAUGUUACAGAAGGGGCUACUACAGAACCACCAAAUGAAAUAUCUGUAACCACUCAGGUCAUACCUGUGGAAACUCAUCGUCCAGAACCGAAUUUAUUGAGUACGGUCAAUGCUGUAGAUAUGACAACGGAAAUGAUUUCGCCUAACGGGGAAGAAACCCUAGUAAUCGAGCAAGAGUUAACGCAGACGGAUGAUAGUGAAAACGAACAUGAAGCAACGGAAAAUGUGAUUGCAUCGAAUGAAGAGAAUAAUGAUGUUGAUGUCAGCGAGGAUGUGACUACGAAUGCAAUUAUUGAUAUCGAGCCGGAUGCUGACAAGCACGGCGAACUUGAUAGUGAAAAUGAAGGCGUCGAGGACACUAACAGGAAAGACUCGGAAGAGAAUCAGACCACUGUAAAAUAUGAAGCUGUUCAAGAAACACAAGACGGUGGAAGUGACGAUGAAAGUAUAACAAAUAAUGAAGAAACGUUGAAUGAGUCCAAUGAAGAAACAUUGAAUGAGUCCAAUGAAGUUUUUGAAGAACAGCCUAAUGAAUCUACCACUCAAAGCCAUGUUAAUCCUGUUGUGUUCGUUGAAGACAACAAAAGUGAAGAUUUUUCAAACAUUAGUGAGGACAGCGACAGCGAAGAAAACUCCUCUCCAAUUUAUUCUACUGAGGAAGAUAGUAGCGAUAAAGACUCUGAUGAAGAAAUUAGCAACGAGAAAGAGUAUGACGAAGAUACUAGUAGCGAGGUAGAAUCUGGUGAAGAAACUUCAAGCGAAACAAGUGAUGCCGACUCAGAUGUUACCGGAAACCAAUCGUCAACACAAGAGGUCAAUGAUGUUGAAAAAGUAGAGGAACAGCCGGUGAACGAAAAGGAACCUGAAGUUUUAUCGAAUGAAAUACACUCAGUAGACACCAUUCCAUCUAAAGAAAGUGGUGAACAGAUCGAGCAGGAAACUGUAGUUCCAUCAACAAUUGAAGAAUUUGAGGUUCCACCGUCAGUGAUUACUAUUCCACAAGAACAGCCUGAUGUGUUGAAUCAAAUUAAAAACGAGCCGGUUAUUGUUCAGGCUACAGAUGACACGGCGAAACCUGUUGAGUUAUCUAGCGUAGAUCAGAAUCAGAAGCAGGACGAGAUAACAACAGAAAUUGAAGAAAAUCAUGACACAAUUAAUUUGAUUGAUUCCGAUUCUAAGAUUAUUGAAGAUACAUCAGUCAUUGUACCAUUGUUUAACAGACAACCAACACCUCAGGAAAUGAUUGUACAAAGUGCAACAGAGAACAUUGAUGAUUCUAAAACUGUUACUAUGGUAGAGGUGCCAUCGACAGAAGCGGAACUACUAUAUACGACAACAAAUGAUCCGCAAAAAUUCGAGUACCCAACAACGAAUAGUAAUGAAAACAUUGAAGAUAUCUCUACUACAUUAGACGAGGAACAUCUACCACACACCACGGAGCUGGAAAACGUAAUAACCACGGAUGCUGGUUUUUCCACUAACUCUUAUAUUGACUCGACUGACGGAAAAACUGAGGAAUAUACAACACAGACGGAGGAGGUUCAAGUGUUAUCUACGGAAAGUGCUACUCGUGAAGAUGAUGUUCAAGUAACUGAAGAUGAUUUAUUAAAACACCACCACCCAUAUCAUACAACUACCGAUGUUCCCAUUGAGACUACAACACUGCAAGCACUAGCUAGUCGAACAACUGCCAUGGAACCGAACGCUCCAAUUUCUACAAGACUUCCGGUUGAUUUUACUGAAACACAAACUGUUACCGAGCCCUAUACAACGCCGUUCGUGGAUAGGAGCGAAGUGCCAACAACUACUGAAUCUGUCCGAAGUUCUACAGUCAUGAACCUCAGAGCUCAAAUACAAGGAAUUCGUACACGUGUCGACCUUGGCCAUGGACCAAUAUCUUUGGGACUAAAAUGCGAAUCGGACAAACAUUGUCAAUUGGCCGAUCCGUACACUUACUGUAAUGCAAACAAACGAUGUGACUGCGCGCACUCAAGUGAUAAAGAUAGCAAAAUAUGCAAUGCCGAGCACACAGGAUGUUCACCCGGAACAUUUCAAUGUCGAUCGAGUGGAGUCUGCAUCAGCUGGUACUUUGUUUGCGAUGGACGACCAGACUGUAGUGACGGAUCUGACGAAGAGUGUAAUUUCAAUCGCAUUCGUGAUAGUUCAAAAGAAUGUCCGAAAGAAGCUUUCAAAUGCCAAAUGAGCGGCCGAUGCGUGUCGAGGGCAGCCCUAUGCGAUGGUAAGAAACAGUGUUCUCACGGAGAAGAUGAAAUGGGAUGCAAUUCGUUACGCUCGGGAAGAUGUCCAGAACAUACAUUCCGAUGCAAAAGUGGCGAAUGUCUUCCGGAAUAUGAAUUUUGCAACGCUAUCAUUUCCUGUCCGGACGGAAGUGACGAGCCACCACAUCUAUGCGGAUCAAAGUCGGUACCGAAUUUCUUUUUACGUUUGCUAACCGAACCGGGUCAACGUGGAAAUCGCUAUUGUCCGCUGAGAUGUGGAAACGGGCGGUGUCGAUCAACGGCUAUCAUUUGUUCCGGACGAGAUGGAUGUGGUGAUGGUAGUGACGAAGAAACUUGUGGAGUGUGUCGUUGUCCAGCGCCAGUGUACAAUGAUCAACGAUCUCAUGAAAUUCACAGACAAUCAUUAACAGUCUGGUAAAUGGCAGCGACGACACGUUUAGUACAAUUUUGGUUGAAGAUAAAUCUCAAACGGCAUAACAACUUCAAGUUCAUUUAUCUUGAUGAAUAAGUGAACAGAGAAAACGAUAAAAUAAUUGAACUUAAUAGCUGUGCACCGUAUCUCACCAGUGUAUCAAUAUUCUCACUCAUCGUUCAAUUAUUGGAAAGCGUAAUUUGACGUUUUCCUUUAGUCAGAUUCCCUAGUGCACUAUAUCUCACUCAUUGUUCGUAUUUUUUUUUGGAAAGCUUGGUCUAACGUUUUCCUUUUGUCAAACUAUAUCUAAUCUUAACAAGUAAAGGCCCAGUGUGCAGAGGUUGCUUUUGGUAACUUCUCAACUAUUUUUUUUUUAAUCAGUAAGAGUUAAAAAACAAGCUAACUCGAAAACUGGUGUUCAACCAACGCAGUACAUUCUGAGGAGUGUUGGUCGACUAUUAAACUGUUCUUAAAAAACAACAGCUAACAAACAACGUAUUGUCCAUACUUUAAUAACAGGGAUUGCUUCUGAAAAGGUAUUUCCUCAAGCUUCCUUACAUUUUCGAAAUUUUCUCAAUUUUUGCUGAGCUUUGAAUGAUUUUAAUGAGCUUGUGAAAACAAUUUCUCAAAUAUAUUUUCUGCUCUAAAAUUGCUAUCCAUUCGACGAUGUCAAGGAAUCAAUAAUUUAUUAAUUUUAUCGUAAUUGGUGCCUUGUUCGCAAAGGGGUGUGACUAGUAAAUGUUUGAGUGAAUCAUUUUAUAUAUUGCAGCACUAAUAAUAAUAAUAAUGCUGAUGUAUAAAACCUGGAGAUUAAUUUAGUAGUAACAUGGAAUUUUAUUAUCGAUGAUAAUAUGAGUAGUUUAGGUAAAUCUCUCUUCCAAUUUUUUUUUUACUAUGUCACCCCUUUGGUCUAAUAAUGCUGCCAAUUGCUAAAAUAUAAUUUUUAUUUAUAUUUUCAUUUUUUUUUAUUGAAAGCAUUUAGUACUAAGUGUAAUAGGAUUGUAAGGAUACAGCAUAAGAUUUCCGAUGACGACAAUUUUGUGAAAUUGUAUUUUUGUACUUUUAUAACCAAUUUCUAACAAAAUAUGGGACAAAAAUAUUAAUGUGUAAAUAUAAGCCACUUAAAUUAUAAA